AUGACACAAAAUUGUAAAUCUUGCAAACAUUUCACUAAUUUGAUUAGAUAUACUUACCUUCCAAGAAAAAUUCAAGUAAAUGGUGUGAAUCCAUCAAAAAAUUUCACAACAUUUUCAUCAGAAUAUGUACCAAGGACAGAAACAAAGUUGUAUGAAGCAGGUAUUACUUUUGAGAAAGUUCAAGGUAGAAGUUAUUUGGACAUUAAGUUUAAAAGGACACUAAUUUUUAACUGGUUUUUGUGCUUAGGUUGUUUACCAUUAUUUAAAUGUUUCCAAGCUCGUUUGGAAAUUCCUUAUUUGAAAGUAGACCAAGUAACAGGAAGUGUUCUUAGGAACCUUAUUGCAUUGGAACAGUGUCACUAUUCAGAACAAACUUUUAUAUGCAACUAUGUUUCAUUAAUUGAUUCUUUGAUUCAUACUGAUCAAGAUGUUGAGUUUUUGGUUGACACUGAAACAAUUGGACAUGAACUUGGGAGUCAUGCUGAAUUAGCAACUUUGGUUAAUGGUUUAUGCAAAUAUGUUGUGUUCACAUCAAAUUAUUAUGGAAAAAUCAUUAUGGAACUUAAUGAACAUUAUAAUAAUUCUUGGAAACAUUUUAUGGGUAGGUUAAAGGCAGUGAGUGUAUUUCCGUGA